AUGGGUGAACAGGGAGUACAGGGGAGGACUGAGAACGCACCGUUGUGGGGCCCCAGUGUUGAGGAUCAGCAGGGUGGAGAUGUUGUUUCCUACCUUCACCACCUGGGGGUGUCCCGUCAGAAAUACAAGGCGAGGUCGAGCCCCAGGGUCUCGAGCUUAGUGAUGAAUUUGGAGAGUGCUAUGGCACAGAAAUCAUGGAUAGAAAGAGCCUUCAGCAAGAGAGAAUGUGUUCAUAUCAUAGUGAGCGCCAAAGACCCCCAUAGGUGCUUCUGCGGCCGUCUGAUUGGUCAGCACGUUGGCCUGCCCCCCGGCAUCUCCUCCAGUCAGAAUGAUAAGGCGGAGCGUCUGGUUAAGAAUGACAGCCUAUCGGAGAAAUGGUCUAUCAGCAAACACACCCAGCUCAGCCCCACCGACGCCUUCGGAACCAUCGAGUUCCAGGGAGGGGGCCACUCUAACAAAGCCAUGUAUGUGCGUGUGUCCUAUGACACCAAACCAGAACUCCUGCUGCACCUUAUGACUAAGGAGUGGCAGCUGGACCUUCCCAAGCUGCUCAUCUCAGUGCAUGGGGGCCUGCAGAACUUUGAGCUGCAGCCCAAACUCAAACAGGUCUUUGGCAAGGGCCUCAUCAAGGCUGCCAUGACAACGGGAGCCUGGAUCUUCACUGGCGGGGUCAACACAGGGGUGAUCCGGCAUGUGGGUGAUGCGCUGAAGGACCAUGCCUCUAAAUCCCGGGGGAAGAUCUGCACUAUCGGCAUUGCCCCCUGGGGCAUUGUGGAGAACCAGGAGGACCUGGUGGGAAAAGACGUGGUCCGACCGUAUCAGACCAUGUCCAACCCGCUGAGCAAGCUGACUGUGCUCAACAGCCUGCACUCCCAUUUCAUCCUGGCCGAUAAUGGGACAACAGGGAAGUACGGUGCAGAGGUCAGACUGCGUAGACAGCUCGAGAAACACAUCUCCUUGCAGAAAAUCAACACACGUAUUGGUCAGGGAGUGCCAGUGGUGGCUCUGAUAGUGGAGGGGGGUCCUAAUGUGAUCUCCAUCGUGUUAGAGUACCUAAGGGACACGCCACCUGUGCCCGUGGUGGUGUGUGAUGGGAGCGGGCGUGCUUCGGACAUCCUGGCAUUUGGACACAAGUACUCUGAGGAGGGAGGGAUCAUAAAUGAGUCUCUGAGGGACCAGUUGCUGGUGACCAUCCAGAAGACCUUCACGUACAGCCGGACCCAGGCCCAGCACCUCUUCAUCAUCCUCAUGGAAUGCAUGAAGAAGAAGGAGCUGAUAACCGUUUUUCGGAUGGGGUCUGAGGGACACCAGGACAUUGACCUGGCCAUUCUCACUGCUCUUCUAAAAGGUGCCAACGCAUCGGCUCCUGACCAGCUCAGCCUGGCCCUGGCGUGGAACCGAGUGGACAUUGCCCGCAGCCAGAUCUUCAUCUACGGACAGCAGUGGCCUGUAAGACCCAGCCUAUCACGUCUCACUCCCUUGUUUACAGUAUAGACUACCGACAGCCCUGUCCAAGUGAAAGUGUGAAAUCUAUGCCGUAAUCCAUCCAUAUGCCGUUUCUUGAUGGUUAAGCCUGAGUUGACUGACUGUGCUUCCCUGUUUGUAUGGUAGGUGGGUUCUCUGGAGCAGUCUAUGUUGGAUGCCCUGGUGCUGGACAGAGUGGACUUCGUCAAGCUGCUGAUCGAGAACGGAGUGAGCAUGCAUCGCUUCCUCACCCUCUCCAGACUGGAGGAGCUCUACAACACGAGGCACGGACCAUCCAACACACUACACCACCUGGUCAGAGACGUCAAAAAGGGUAACCUGCCACCAGACUACCGCAUUAGUCUCAUUGACAUCGGAUUGGUCAUUGAGUACUUGAUGGGCGGAGCUUACAGAUGCAACUACACCAGGAAGAGGUUUAGAACUCUGUAUCAUAACCUCUUUGGACCCAAAAGACCCAAAGCCCUGAAACUGCUGGGGAUGGAGGAUGACAUGCCGAUCCGGAGGAGUCGCCAGAAGACUACACGUAAGCGGGAGGAGGAGGUGGACAUUGACCUGGACGACCCUGAGAUCAACCAUUUCCCCUUCCCCUUCCACGAGCUGAUGGUGUGGGCCGUGCUGAUGAAGAGACAGAAGAUGGCGCUGUUCUUCUGGCAGCAUGGGGAGGAGGCCAUGGCCAAAGCCCUGGUGGCCUGUAAGCUGUGCAAGGCCAUGGCCCACGAGGCCUCUGAGAACGACAUGGUGGACGACAUCUCACAGGAGCUGAACCACAACUCCAGAGAGUUUGGACAGUUGGCUGUGGAGCUGCUGGACCAGUCAUACAAGCAGGACGAGCAGAUGGCCAUGAAGUUGCUGACCUAUGAGCUGAAGAACUGGAGUAAUGCCACCUGCCUGCAGCUGGCCGUGGCCGCCAAGCACCGUGACUUCAUCGCCCACACCUGCAGCCAGAUGCUGCUCACUGACAUGUGGAUGGGACGCCUGCGCAUGCGCAAGAACUCUGGGCUGAAGGUGAUCUUGGGCCUGCUGCUGCCUCCGUCCAUCCUGAGUCUGGAGUUUAAGAACAAGGAUGAGAUGUCGUACAUGCCUCAAGACCAGGACACCUACCUGCAGGAGAAGGAGGAGGAAGAGCCCGAGCCCGCCAAAGAAAAGGAGGAAGAGGACAUGGACACGGAGGCGUCUCGUAAGAAGGGUGUGGGGGAGGUCCAGAAUAGACACCGGCUCAUCCCCAUGGGCCGGAAGAUCUACGAGUUCUACAACGCCCCCAUCGUCAAGUUCUGGUUUCACACAAUGGCCUAUGUGGCGUAUCUGAUGCUGUUUAACUAUAUUGUGCUGGUGAAGAUGGACCUGUGGCCCUCACCGCAGGAGUGGAUAGUCAUCGCUUACAUCUUCACCAAUGGCAUCGAGAAGAUGAGAGAGAUUCUGAUGUCGGAGCCAGGGAAGCUGUUGCAGAAGGUGAAGGUGUGGCUCCAGGAGUACUGGAACAUCACGGACCUCAUGGCCAUCCUCAUUUUCUCCGUGGGCAUGGUUCUCCGUCUCCAGGAGCCACCAUUCAUGAGCUACGGAAGGGUCAUCUACUGCGUUAACAUUAUCUAUUGGUACAUCCGGCUGCUCGACAUCUUUGGCGUCAACAAGUACCUGGGCCCAUACGUCAUGAUGAUCGGCAAGAUGAUGAUUGACAUGAUGUACUUUGUGAUAAUCAUGCUGGUGGUGUUGAUGAGUUUUGGGGUGGCUCGGCAGGCCAUCCUGAACCCCAAUGAGGACCCGUCCUGGAUGCUGGCUCGGAACAUAUUCUUCAUGCCCUACUGGAUGAUCUAUGGAGAGGUGUUCGCCGACCAGAUCGACCGUAAGCCCACAUUGGGGUGGGUGGGUGGAGGGGGGGUGGAGACUCCGUGUGGCCAGAAUAUCACGGCGGACGACGGGCAUGUUGUGAUUCUGCCGCCAUGUAAGACGGGAGCCUGGAUCGUUCCUGCCAUCAUGGCCUGCUACUUGCUGGUGGCCAACAUCCUGCUGGUCAACCUACUCAUAGCUGUCUUCAACAACACCUUCUUUGAGGUGAAGUCCAUAUCCAACCAGGUGUGGAAGUUCCAGAGAUACCAGCUCAUCAUGACCUUCUACGAGCGGCCCAUCCUCCCCCCUCCCCUCAUCAUCUUCAGUCACAUGACCAUGGUCCUCAAGCACCUGUGCUGUCGCUGGCGGAAGCACGACGAUGAAGAGAGAGAUUAUGGCCUUAAGCUCUUCAUCACUGAAGACGAGCUGAAGAAAGUUCAUGACUUUGAGGAGCAGUGCAUUGAGGAGUACUUCCGUGAGAAAGAUGACCGCUUCAACUCUUCGAAUGACGAGAGGAUCCGAGUGACGUCAGAGAGAGUGGAGAAUAUGGCUAUGCGUCUGGAGGAGGUGAAUGAGAGAGAACAUUUCAUGAAGGCAUCUCUACAGACCGUGGACAUCCGUCUGGCCCAGAUGGAGGAGCUGAUUGGUCGGAUUGCUGUGGCUCUGGAGCGAGUCACGGGAGUGGAGCGGGGAGAGGUCAACAAGGCCCGCUCUCGCACCUCCUCCGACUGCACAGACUCAGCCUACGUGCUGCGUCAGGGUGAGUGCCCAGAUGCAGCAUACUUUUUGCGCCAGAGCAGCUUCAACAGCCAAGAGGGGAACUCCUACCGACUCAAUGAAGGUGCAGAGGGCUCCAUGUCGCCACCCUCCCCCACCAGUCUGGCCAUGCGCACACGCAGCCACUCUUUCUACAUGGGGGGAGGUCGCGAGCGAGCCGGGGCCGACCGGGCUCACCGUUUCCUCAAGGAGCACUCCUUCAGCCUGCAACGAGCCAAUAGUUCACAGUCGGUGGCCUUGUGCUCUGCCCCCAAGGAGUCUAAGCCCCUCCCACUGGCCACGCUGUCCGUCUCCCAGCAGCACCGCCCCUCUUCCUGCGUCGACAUCUUUGUGUCGGCAUCCGAGGAGGAGGGGCCAGCCAAGGUCUUCUUCGACCCACUGAGGAUGGCCCCUCCCCUCCGGCCUGACUCCUCGCUCCACUCUGAGAUUAUGGAGGCGGUGCUGUCGAGCGGGAGGGACUAUGGUGGAGGCAGCGGGUUGGGCGACAGACACUCUGAGGGUGGGGCCAUGUUCGAGGACAGCGUGGCUGCAGACCUGUCACUAUGCUCCGCCAACCUGCUCCCAGAUAACACUGUGCCGCUCUGGGAACUGGACCCCUCUCCUCCACCAUCAGCGGGCCUGCUGGAGCGCUCCAAAAGCAGCCGCUACCUGUCCACUGGCGGCGGGGGCUACCUGGAAGAGCCUCAGAUGGUCAAGUCUCACAGCCUCAUGUUCACACCGCGAGGGUGCUAUGGAGGCCUAGGGGCAGGAGUUCAGGUCAAAGCGGCUGAGUACACCAGCAUCACCGACUGCAUAGACACCAGGUGUGUCUCUGCCCCUUACUCCACCGACGACUGUUGCCACUCCCCCGGAGGCUCCACCUCAUUCCCCUUUGACAAGCCCCCUGACAUGAGCUCCUCUCACCCAGAGCGCGAGGCCGAGCUCAGCCACACAGAGUCAGAACCUGAAGACCUAGAGGAAAUGGCCCCUGCCCCCGAGUCCCGUCGCACGGGGAGUGGCUUAGGAGGGGCGAGUGGAACCCCCUUCUGCUCGCCCUUCUCCAGGCUGGAACGAGCCAACAGCUGCUCCUCAGACGACUCCUCCCACCCAUCCUUGGCCCCUCCUCCCCACAGAAAAAGCCUGUCGGUCAGUGAGAGGAUGGAGAGGGGUGCAGACCGUGGGGUUCUGGGGGAACCCAGGAACCCCUUCCUGAGGAGCAAGUCUGGGGCGCGGCCUGACGCCAAGACAGACAGCCUCUCCAUGAGGAAGCUGACCACCCCCUCUGCGUUCCGCAGCUUCAACAGCAGACACAACUACACGUGACAAUUAUGAAGGGAACAACAAUGGGACAGGGCACAUUCUGUUAUACAGGACCAUAGGGCUGGCUCGGGGGAAAGCAAGGUCUAUGGGGAGGGAACCUACCAGUCUUAAACAAAGUGCUAUGAAGCUAGGGUAGUUCUCACCUCCUCCUCAAGCUGACUCUCAUUGCGUGUUUGGUAAUGGAGGCUAUGUACCGUGUCUGUCUACCAUUUUUUUUGUCAAGUCAACACACUAAUGCAUCACAUGUCACAGAACACUAGUCUAGUCCACAUAGAAAGUAUAGAGAAAAAAAAGUCUACUAAUAACAGGUUAGUCAGAGUCUUUAGAAAAUUAUCAACUUGACCACCUGACAAUAUGUGACUGUAGGUCAGUAUUGCCAAAUUUCCUCAGGUUCUCCUUAUUUUCUCUUUGCCCUUAAACCGCCCAUACCCAUGGAUAUUUUGUGCUUCCACCACAGACAUAGCACUGCAUUCUACUGUAACUGCAUGCUACAACUGCAGCAUAAUUUGUAACCAAGUCUCCAGGGUAAAUGUACGUAUCGCAUAUAAGCCUGAAACGCCAACUACUCAAAUCUGGCCUAUGUGGUAUUGAAAAAUAGUCAUGGCUCCGAAUAAAAAAAACUUGUGGAGAGCUGAGAUGUUUGGAGAGAGGUGAUUGAUUUGAAAUAAAGCCAAUGGCUAUGGGUCAGGACUUUUUCCUGAUCGUUCUAUUGGGUUAAUGAAGGCCAUGUUGGAAGCUUUGGUCCACCAGACCAUCUGAACAUUAGGGGGAAGGGUCAGGUGACCUAGAUUACAGCAGUAGUGACUGUAGUAGAACACACAUAGAGACCAGUCAAACGUUUUUAUUUUUUGUAUUUUUUAUUGAACCUUUAUUUAACUAGGCAAGUCAGUUAAGAACAAAUUCUUAUUUACAAUGACAGCCUACUGGGCAACAGUAGGUUAACUGCCUUGUUCAGCGGCAGAACGGCAGCUUUUUACCAUGUCAGCUAGGGGAUUCAAUCCAGCAGACUUUCGGUUACUGGCCCAACGCUCUAACCACUAGGCUACCUGCCACCCCAAACUGGUGGUGCAGGUUGAAUUUCUGGAUAUAAUAGGGCUCUAUUAUGUAUAAUGCAUGUCCCUGAUUUAAAAUCCAUGCACACAGACAGUCAGGUAGCAUUGACCCAAAAGAGUUCCAGGGCACUAAAAUAUAUUACCUACAUGACCUCUGUAACAAGGAAGAUGGAAUAUUUAGUUAAAUGUAGACUCAUCAUAAGUGUCUAUCUAUUUACUUGUGUUGUCCAAUCCCCAGUCACGUGGGUUUAUUGUCACUGUGGCCUACAGUAUAGAGGAGUAAACACGCACACACACAUAAUCAUACAUGCACUCAAGGUGUAUGAAAUGGGUGAAGAAAAUCCAAAACAACUAAUGUAACAGAUUGUUUGAUAGCACCAGCACCAUCCCAAUGUUAUAAGUAUUUCCCUUAGAUCUCAUUUUCUCAGUAAAAAAACUCAGAACUGGACACAAGAGGGAGCUGUGACCCUAUUUGGAGAGUCCUUCAUCCUAAGCAGUAUGCCCACUAUGAAAUUGCAACACUUCAAAAUCAAAACGAUUAAAGUAGCCUUUUUAGCAACCAAACACCAUUCCUUUCAUUUCUGUGGCAGCAGAAUUCUGUUGCUUGGGUCUGACAUCAGUCUCAAGUAGCCAGACAUUUUAAUCUCCUGUUCGGUAUGAAUAGUGAGCUUCAAGAUGAGAAGGCUGGAAAGCUAGACAGACACUAACAUUUUUACCGUCCUUCUUACCUUUUUUUGCAGUCAUUCAUGAUUUCUUCUAUUCAAAUCGAAGCACCAGACUGACCAAUGUAAUCACCUAGAAUGGUAAACUUAAACCGGCAGAAAUUUGUCUGCAAAAAAUUGUAGGACUACAGUAUACUGUAUGUAUGAGUAGGCUAGAAGAGAAUGGUUAGAUAACUGAAUUCCACAAGAUGGAGUUAUUUGAAACAUUUGCAAAAGAGUCAGCUCUAUGAAUCGUAUGCAUUUUAUGAGAGGUAGAGACACCUUUCAAGUUAAUAUAAAAAAGAAAUGGCAGAGAACCCGUGUUUUUUUUUAAUCCCUUAACGCAUAAUAAUCUGACUGGUGUGGAAUGCCUGUUACCACAUGUUUGUAAAGAUGGAAUUAGAUGAGUAACAUUUACAUCACAGGUUCUCAAAAAAUAAGAUACGUUUGUGUUUUAUAUUUGAUCAGUAUUACAUCACUUUAAUUGAAUUAACAUUGCAAUUGUUUUGAUUGCUUAUAUUGACCUAUUGUUUUGCUUACAAUGAAUAAUUGAAUGGCUGUUUGAAAUACGAACUGACUAUUUAUACCUUCUCAGUGCUAUUUUGUCAAAUUUAAAGUAUUGAAUUAUUACAAGCUUUUAACGUGUAUAAAAAGUGUCACCUAUAAGCACUGAUGUAUUAUAUGGUUUACUUAAUAUAUCAUGUGAUUAAUUACUAUAUUGUACAUUGCAAUCACAAGUAUUGAAUCGUUUGUUUAUAUUGUAUGUUCUUGAGCAGCUGUCAAAGAGAAAGAAAAAUAUAUUUUUUAAUGUAAGUUGGAUAUUUUAAAGCAAUACUCCUCUACAAGCAUUACCAAACUGAGGGUGCCUUUCAAGCAUGGAGUGGCUAUUUGAAAUUCACAGUAAUUAAAACAUUUACAUGAAAUCUGCACAUUAAUUUUGUUUGUAACUUUUCUCGUGAAUCUAGUUACACAAUUAGGACCCAUGGUAUUCUUUUCCUGAAGUUCUUAACUGUGGGGAUAAUGCAGUCCAAGCGGUUACAGCGUUUUGUCAUACACUGGAUAAAAACAUUGAUUUCAAUGUGCAAGACCUAGGAGACAGACCUAGGAGGUGACACUGGCACUCUUUGCCUUUUGAUAGUUUUUUUGGAGGGGGGGGGGGGGACUGGCUGCUCUCUGUUUAUCUUCACUCUUGGUCUGAAUGUUUCAUUUGCCUUAUCAAUGUCCAAUAUUAUUGAAUGGGUAUUUUCACACGUUUCCUAAACUGCUUCUUUGUUUUGUAAGGAUGUAGAUGUGCAAGUGACACUCAGCAGAUGGAGGAAAUGUGUUGUAAAGUAAGGAAUAUUCCAAUCUCUCUUGAGCAGACAGGCCUCCGCUAAUCACUGUGCGUAUGCAUUCAACCCAAAUUCUCAUGGGACCUUAGAUCUAUAUUUUUUUCUUCAGUUGUGUUCCAUGAAACCCGACCCUCCCGCCCCUUUUGUGGACACAGGAGUCAAAGUUCAAACCAACAAUGAGCUUUAAUACAAUCACAAAGUGUGAAGAAUAUUCCGUUCAGCUUGUGCUUUUGUUCAAAACCAGUGUAAGAACAUCCAACAACUUUCAGGUGCAGGGUGCAUAUAGUCAUGAAAAGAAAACUGCACAAUGUUGGAUUCUUAUGAUGUUAGUUGUUGGUGCGGUUUUGUCUCACAAUACACGGGAUAGUUCACUUUUCACAAAAUGUUUCGUAAAUAAAUACGCUAAAGUGAACAAACUGUUCAAAAGAUGUCUGAACACCAUUGAACACACUCGUUGAAGGAACAUUGCAUUGCAAUAGAAGAGUGAUAAGGUGAAGGUCUGGUUCCCCUUUGGAUUUUAGUCCAGGCACUGGUUUGGAUCCUGGAUCCUUUAAUUAACCUCAGUGAAUGGGCUCUUAGCACUCACGGGGACAAAAUAAGUAUUUUUGUUUUCCUUAUGGAAAAGGGGGCAUGCAAGGACAAACAUGUCCAUAGCACUUCUAAAUCAUGUGUAAAUGCUCUGUAAAUGUUUGCUCUGUUGUACAAUACACUAAGAUAUCAAAAUAAAAGGGAGAUCUAUGUACUGUACCAGUCAAAAGUUUGGACACACCUACUCAUCCAAGGUUUUUUUUGUACAUUUUUACUAUUUUCUACAUUGUAGAGCAAUAGUGAAGACAUCAAAACUAUGAAAUGACACGUAUGGGACUAAAAAAGUGUUAAACGAAUCAAAAUAUAUUUUAGAUUUUAGAUUCUUCAAGUAGCCAACCUUUGCCUUGAUGACAGCUUUGCACACUCUUGGCAUUCUCUCAACCAGCUUCACCUUGAAGGAGUUCCAACAUAUGCUGAGCAUUUGUUGGCUGCCUUUCCUUCACUCUGCGCUCCAACUCAUCUCAAACCAUCUCAAUUGGUUUGAGGUCGGAUGAUUGAGCUGUUACAUUUACAUUUACAUUUAAGUCAUUUAGCAGACGCUCUUAUCCAGAGCGACUUACAAAUUGGUGCGUUCACCUUAAGACAUCCAGUGGAACAGCCACUUUACAAUAGU